AUGGCAACUGCCAAGAAGACGGCCGUCAUGCCAACACACGCCUCCUCCUCGCUGGACCGCCUCCCAAAGCCACGAAAGAAUCUCGCCUCCCGCAAAAUUCACACCGAAGGCCGCAUCGUCGCCAAGAAGGAAUCGCAACAACAACACAACAGCGCAAAUAACGCCAAGAAACGUCAUCGCUGGCGCCCGGGCACCGUCGUGCUGCGGGAAGUACGCCGCUAUCAAAACAGCACAGACUUUCUCAUUGCGAAGGCGCCUUUCCGCCGCCUCGUGCGGGAAAUUGUGUCGAACUUGAAGGACUCCUUCCGCAUGAGUCCCACGUGUGUGGAGGCGCUGCAGGAGUCGACAGAACUGUACGUUACGUCUGUGUUAACAGAUGCGAAUCUCUGCACGCUGCACGCCAACCGCGUCACGGUGUACCCGAAGGACAUUCAACUCGCCCUGAGACUCCGCGGCGAGCGAUUGUAA